GACUCGAUCCGACGCGCGCAAAGAAGCUAACUGUUACGCCAGCGAACUAGUGGUAUAUCUUGGCCAACUAACUUUGGUAUUCUUUUAAAUACUCACCACUCGAGCGUCGGACGGACCGCGCGCGAGACCGCAGACCUCUGCCACGUAGUGAGUCCGGCUGUAAUAUUCAGGCGAGACCAGCAGCAUGUCUGGGGGCUGGUGCGGUAGAGGCGACAGAGCGCGCAGGUUCGCGAAGAGGCCGGCUGUGAUCUGCUACGACAGCCCGGCGGCGGCGCGCGUGGACAAGCAGCUGUACGACACGCUGCGCCACGAGGCGCUGCUGGGCGAGGCGGUGCAGGACCUCACUGUGCCCAGGAGGUCGGCCAGGACCUGGACCGUGCGUCGGGGCGAGCUGUGCCGGAUCUCCGUCGUGGAGGGCUCCCAGGUUGGAGAUGUCAAUUUCUGGAACCUACACAACCCUAAAGAAAGAUUUUACUCAGGUAAAACACGCCAGCUUCAUUCUACACAUCUCACCACCUACGACCGGCUGUGGAGCAACCUACCAUACUUGCGGCCGAUGGCUACUGUGGUUGCUGAUUCCAUCAAGUACGGCAUCGACGAAGAUGGCGCCAGCGUGCACGAUGUCAUUGGAACACGUUGUGAUGAUUACACGUACAAACUGAUCACUGGCAAGGAACGCGCGAUGUCUUGCCACACUUACCUAACCAGGGCCGCCGAGCUCGCAGGUCUCAAGGAAGAGGACGUGCACGACGUAUGGAACAUCUUUAUGUGCACUGGCUUCACAAGGGACACGAACCAGUAUUUCACUAAGGCAAGUCCAGCCCAAAAAGGAGAUUACAUAGAGUUCAUUGCUGAAAUGGAUUUAUUAGUGGGAAUGUCUACUUGCCCCCAAGGAGAUGUGUCGAUAGCUGUGGGGCAAGAAGUACCAGAGAGCUUGUGCCAUCCGCUAGGAGUGCAGGUGUUCAAGGCUACCAACCCGACUGUGAAGUUGCCAUAAAUGGAGGACUAGAGGACUAACCAUGCAGUGAUUGUGUUGGUCUUUUGGUCACUGUUAACAAUUUGCUAGAGAAAAUAAAAUUGGAAUUUCAAGAACUAAACUCAGUAAUUUCAGCAGUUUGCUAUUCUGUGACAGAUAUUUAUCACAGACGACUUACAUCUGGCACGCCGCCCUCGUGCGAAUACCCUGCAAAACUAAAUUAACCUAACAGACUUACAUGUUGCCAGCUCGAUACUCGCCAAUGCCAUAAGUGCGCAGGCUCAGGGGAAAGCAAAGGAGGUGAAAAGGGGUGGGGAUAGUCUCUCGUCGCGGGCAGCUCCUCGAGGCAAGGCGCGAAGUUCGAAUGUCCGUCGCCGGCUCAACUGAAAAUAUUAGCCAACACAUUGUUGAGAGCCAGCUUCAUGUCGUGCUUGAACCAUUUGGCUUUGCUUUUCCCAUCAUUACUGUCUUUCGACAUGCUUAGUAUUUCUUUAAUCUGCGAACAGGACAGCUAUUUAAUGUCUGAACACAUUAAAUGCACAGUUAAUAUGUGGCUUCACUUACUAGCUUCAGUAAGAAACAAAUGCUAUAAUUUUAAAUAUAAGUAGCAUCUUCAACACGUGUGCAAUAUUAUGAUACCUGCAUAAUUCAAUUGUACUACUCGUUUAAGAAGGAAUUAUAAGCUCAGUAAAUUACAAAAAAGAAUGAAAAAUACUGUUUGAAAUAAUUAGAGACAUUGUAUAGAAAUUUGUAAUUAAAAGAGCGUCUAAGGUUUUGUAAUGUUUGUUGCUCUGCAAUCUGGGUUUAUAUUCAAAGCGUUUUAUUAAAAUUCAAGCCUGAGUUUGUUUAGUAAUCUCUGUAUGUAGCAUAAAUUUACUUUAAUUAGAAGGGUAAAUAAAAGUAGAGGAGUAUCAA